AUGGCGAGCCGCUGCAGCCGUUUAGGUGCUCUACCGUUCAACUGCUCUCACUUCCGGGUGUUGUCGGCUGUAGUCGGCAAGGAUCGGAGCCUGCCCGCCACAUCCAUCCAAGCAGGACAAGGCUUGCUGCUCUUCACCCAGCCUGUGUACAAUGCUUCAAUCUUUGAGAACUCUGCUGCAAGAACCUAUGUCAGAAGUGAAAUCAAAAUGGGGAUCCAUUUUAGGCCACCUUGGACUUUAGACUUGAAAUAUUCCAUUGAGGCUGGAGACACUGAAGGCAUCUUCCAAGCUGAAGAGUUUAUAUUGGGAGAUUUUAGUUUUCUCCGCAUAUGCACAAGUGGAGGCAGUGGUGCCACAUUGAAUCGGGAAGUACAAGACAAUUACACUCUGACAGUUAAGGCAUCUACCCACGGAGGGCUAGAGGCCUUAGCAACUGUGUAUAUCAAGGUCCUGGACACAAAUGAUCUCAGACCUCUGUUUUCCCCAACCUUCUAUUCAUUUGUAGUUUCUGAAAGUGCCCCUCUAGGCACCAGCGUAGGACGUGUGACAGCCACAGAUGCUGACAUCGGCUCCAAUGGGGAAUUUUACUACUUUUUCAAGAACAGAAUAGAACUCUUUGCUGUUCAUCCAACCAGUGGGGUCAUAACCCUGACAGGUCAACCCAGGAUAGACAAAAGAGACCGAUUUGAACUGGAGGUGCAGGUGGUGGACAGAGGUAUGAAACUUUAUGGCAACAGUGGUAUUAGCAGCACUGCUAGGCUAGUCUUAACUGUGGAGAGGGUUAAUGAAUUUGCUCCUGUUCUCAAUGCAGUCGCUGUUGUUCCUUCAGUAGCAGUCAAAGACCCUGUCUAUGUCAUAGUUACUGUAGACGAUAGAGAUGAGGGAUUAUCUGGGGAUAUAGAGUGGAUGGCUAUUAUUGAGGGUGACCCUUUGCAACUGUUUGUGGUUGACCAGUCCCCUGUUGGAGAUGAGUAUUGGGUUAAAGCAUCAGAACUUGUCAGCUGGGAUACAUUCCCAUAUGGCUGUAACUUAACUUUUCAGGCCAAAGACAGAGGUAUACCUCCGAAGUUUUCUAACACCCAAGUUAUUCAGCUGUUGAUUCCAAAGCCGGAUCCAGUAUCGAUCAGUUUUGAGAAAGAUGUUUAUAUAGUCAAGCUGAGUGAAAUAGCUCCCCCUGGUACUAUUGUAGAGGUGGUGAAAAUAUUACCAGCUCCUCUGAGUGUCAAUUACAGCUUCAGCAGCCUUUUAAAUCCAACAUAUUUUGAUAUAAACCCUUUGACUGGAGUUAUUAUGACCACAAGAAGGCUGACAAGGAUAUCACAGGAUUUCAUGGAGAUGGAGGUAGUUGAUAAUAUCAGUCAGCAGCGAGCAAGGGUUCAAAUUACCAUAGAGGAUGCAAAUGACAACUCGCCAGUGUUCAAAAAGCCAUCCUAUGAAAUUGCAAUUAAUGAGAGCUUACCUAUGGGAACUAUUGUUCUUGUUGUGUCUGCUGUGGAUGAAGAUAAAGGUGAAAAUGGGUAUGUAACUCAUACAAUCAAUGCAGACCAGUCUCUUCCAUUUACUAUAGACAAGGACACAGGGGAAGUGAGGGUCACAAGAGAUUUGGAUUUUGAGUCAUCAGAGGAUACUUAUACUUUUGCAGUGCGGGCCUCUGACUGGGGUUCACCCUACAGACGGGAGAGUGAGGUUAAUAUCACCAUUCGUGUGAUAAACAUCAAUGACAACCAACCUCUUUUUGAGAAGAUUUCUUGCAGAGGGAUGAUAAGCCGGGAUUUCCCUGCCAACCAGACCAUUGUCACCUUAUCGGCCAUAGACAUGGAUGAGCUAGGAAUUGUGAAGUACAAGAUACUGUCUGGGAAUGAAUUAGACUAUUUUAUCUUAAAUCCAGACUCCGGGGCUUUGUCACUGAAAAGAUCAUUCUCAGCAGAGAGUUUAAAAAGUGGCAUAUUUAACCUAAAAGUAGUCGCAACAGAUGGAGAGAUCCUCUCUGAUCCUACAUUUGUUAAUGUAACAGUGGUGAGGGGUAGGAUGCCACCCAGGGGGUUCACAUGCAAGGAGACCAGAGUAGCUCAGCUGUUGGCAGAGAAAAUGCUCUUAAAAGCAUCUGCCAUGGCUAGACCAAGAUCAGAUGAGAGAUACAUAGAUCUUUUCUCAGUGAACAAACAAUCUCCACAGUUUGAGGCCUUGCCUACAAGUAUUCUGGUGAGAGAAGACCUGGCUGUUGGUGCCACUGUGUUUCAGGUACGUGCACGAGAUGGUGACACAGGCUUCAAUGGUUGUGUUCUUUUUUCCAUUUCUGAUGGUAACAAAGACAACAGCUUUAAUAUAAACAUGGAAACUGGCAUAAUAACUACAUUGCAGCCACUUGACCGUGAGCAAGUGGAUCGCUACUUCCUUAAUAUUACCAUCUACGAUCAAGGCAUUCCUCAGCUCUCCAGCUGGAGACUACUGACAGUGAUCAUUGAGGAUGCAAAUGACAAUGAUCCCCAGUUUGAUCAGGAUAACUACUCUGCCCUUGUUUCUGAAAACUCAGAUAUUGGCAUGGAAGUUAUUGCAGUCACUGCAUUUGACAGGGAUAUGGGCCAAAAUGGACAGCUCUCCUACACAAUGCUGACCAUUGUCCCGCAGUUUGGUAUUGACAGUGAAACUGGAAGCGUUUUUGUCGCCAGCCAACUGGAUAGAGAAACAUUUCCGAUGUUCAUAUUGAAGAUUGAAGUAAGAGACAAAGCUGAAAGAGGCACUCGAAGGUCAUCACUGACUACUCUAACCAUAAUAGUGGAGGACAUCAAUGAUUGCUCUCCAGCUUUCAUCCCUAGCAGCUAUAGUGCACGGGUACCAGAGGACCUGCCACCAGGGUCUGUAAUUACCUGGAUGCAGGCUCAGGAUCCAGAUAUUGGACCUGGUGGACAAAUCCAGUACUCCUUGAUUACUGACUUCAAUGGCACGUUUGAGGUCAGUGCUGCCAGUGGUAUACUGAGGAUAAGGAAAGAGCUGGACUUUGAGACAAAGCAGUUUUUCAACCUGAGCAUACUUGCUAAAGACAGAGGAACACCGAGCCUUUGGACUCAGACAUUUGUGGAGGUAGAGGUGGUGGAUGUCAAUGAGAAUUUGUAUGCACCCUACUUCCCUGACUUUGCUGUGAGAGGCUCCGUGAAGGAGAACUCUCGAGCAGGAACAAGUGUCCUGACAGUCAGCGCCAAGGAUGAUGACAAGGGACGAGAUAGUGUGUUGAAGUACUCUAUCCGUGGAGGCAGCGGACUGGGCACUUUCACAAUCGACGAUGACACAGGAGUGAUUUACACCGCCGGUUUCCUUGACUGUGAGACCAAAGACUCUUACUGGCUUACCGUCUACGCCACAGAUAAAGGAGUUGCAUCCAUGUCAGCUUCUGUUGAAGUUUUCAUUCAGGUGGAAGAUGUCAAUGAUAAUGCUCCUCUCACCUCAGACCCGAUAUAUCACCCUGUCAUCAUGGAGAACUCUCCAAAGGAUGUGUCAGUCAUUCAGAUUCAGGCGCAGGACCCUGACCUUACAGCCACUCCCAGCAGACUGAGUUAUCGUAUUACUGCUGGCAACCCACAGAAUUUCUUCACUAUCAAUCCCAAAACAGGUUUGAUCACAACAACUGCGAGGAAGCUGGACAGAGAACAACAGGCAGAGCACUUCUUAGAGGUGACAGUCAUAGAUGGCCCAGUGACAACCAGGCAAUCUACUGUGUGGGUCAUAGUACACAUAGAGGACGUGAACGACAACCCGCCAACCUUCCCGGAGGUCACUUAUCGCAUCAGCUUGCCUGAAAGAGACAGGAACAAACGUGGUGAACCUGUUUACCGUGUCUUUGCAUAUGACCGUGACUUUGGAGCAAAUGGCAACAUCACAUACAGUAUUAUAGAUGGCAAUGAGGAGGAAAAGUUCAGUAUUGACCCCAGGACUGCUAUGGUGUCAUCAAAGAAGAUAGUGACAGCAGGCAGCUAUGAUGUCCUAACUAUAAAAGCAGAGGACAGUGGUGAUCCACCACUAUGGUCUACUGUCAAACUUCACGUGGAAUGGAUUCGCAAUCCUGUCCCCUCACAGAUACCUCUACUCUUCACGCAGAGGUACUACAAUUUCUCAAUUUCUGAGACAACUGCCGUCGCUCAGCCGGUGGGCGUGGUGGCUGUUAGCCAGUCAAGCACUCCUGUCUGGUUCAGUAUCAUCGGCGGACGGCUUGCCAAAGAAAUGUUCUACAUUCCGCAGAAUGCUUGUGGAAGAAACUGCUCCCUUGACACAGGGAGCUUUGACAUGCAAUUUGACCUUCAAGUUGGAGUGGGGACUCUAGUCGUGGCUAAGCCUCUGGAUGCUGAAGUGCAGUCGGUAUACAACAUGACUGUGCAGGUGACAGAUGGGACCAAUUUUGCAACAACACAGGUUUUCAUCCGAAUACAAGACAUCAACGACAACCCUCCAGUCUUCUCACAACCAGCCUAUGAUGUCAGUGUUUCUGAGGAUGUACCAGCGGACAUGGAGCUACUUCGGGUCCGAGCAUCAGACAUGGACGAGCGUGCCCGUUUGAGCUACUCCAUCUAUGGCAGUGUUGACCCAGCCAGUAUGAGACUGUUCAGGGUCAAUCCUGGUACGGGAGUUGUUUACACUGCAGACAGACUGGACUAUGAAGCCAGAACACAACACAUCCUCACUAUUAUGGUUAAGGAUCAGGAGUUUCCGUUUAACCGUGACCUGGCUCGUAUCCUGGUGGCAGUGGAGGACACCAAUGAUAACAUUCCCUACUUCACCAGCAAUGUAUAUGAUGCUAUGGCCUAUGAAACCUUUCCUGUAGGCACUUCUGUGCUGCAGGUGACUGCCUUAGACAAAGACAAUGGGAUUAAUGGUCAACUCACUUAUACUAUCGAAGCAGGUAACACAGGUGCUGCAUUUGCCAUUGACAAUGCCACAGGGCUUAUCUUCAUUGCAAAGAACCUGGACCUCACCUCUCUGGGUUUUUACACCCUCACUGUGCGUGCCACAGACAGUGGAUUUCCUCCAUUAAUGGCCACAGCUUCAGUUCGCAUUUCCCUAAUUCUCUCUGACUUCUCCAAACCCAGAUUCUCUCAAAAAGAAUAUCAGACUGAGAUAAUGGAGAACAGUAAAAUUGGGACACAUGUGACCACUGUUAGUGCCAUCAGCCGCUCACCGCUUGUUUAUGAGAUCACCAGAGGCAACGAGGAACGCUGCUUCUUUAUUAACCAUCAUACUGGUGUGAUCACUACCCGCAAACUGCUUGACUUUGAGCAAACAACAUCCUACUUUCUUAUGGUGCGUGCCCUGAGUAUGGCUGGAGUAGAAGUCAGCACCACUGUCAUUGUCCAAGUGGGGGAUAUCAACGAUAACCAGCCUGAAUUUCAGCAAAUCAGAUAUGUGGGCACAGUCAGCGAGGCUGCUCCAGUCAACAGUGUGGUCUUGGGAGAGGAUGGCAACCCUUUAGUUAUUUGGGCCACUGAUAAGGACCGCAAUCAUAAUGCCCUUUUAGUGUUCCAGAUCAUAGACGAAACAGCUCGUAUCUUUUUCAGCGUGGACUCUGGAACUGGAUCAAUUCGAACCAUUGCCAGUUUGGAUUAUGAAACCUUCUCAGAGUUCUACUUCCGGGUUCACGUUCAGGACAGUGGUCAGCCUUUUAUGAGUGCUGACAGCCCAGCAGAGGUGCUUAUAAAGGUGAUCAACAUCAAUGACUCACCCCCAAAGUUCUCCCAGGACAUUUAUGAGACAGUCCUCUUGUUACCUACAUAUGUGGGGGUGGAGGUCCUCAGGGUGGAGGCUUUAGACCCUGAUUUGCUUGGUGACCCUGACAAGUCUGUCACACCCCAGCUAGCUUACUCCUUAGUGGACACCACUGUGGGGUACUUUUCUGUUGAACGCUAUACAGGAGCUGUGACUGUCAUCAAUCAGAACUUCAGUAAAGAUCGUUAUCGCUUUAAUGUAAAGGUAUGGGAUGGACGUUUUUCCAGCAUAUCAUCAGUCACGGUGCUUGUAAGGGAAGCUAUAGACAGUGGACUUCUCUUCACCCUCCCAGUAUACUCGGCCUCCAUCCCAGAGAACGUUCCCAAUGUCACUUUUGUGACUGUUGUAAACACAGUCGGCCACCGCCUCAACGAGCCUCUGAAGUACACUCUGCUGAACCCUGGAGGUCGUUUCACCAUUCGGCCCACUUGUGGAGUGGUGCUCACCACUGGUAUGCCUUUUGACCGAGAGGAGAAGGGGAGUUAUGAGCUGGUGGUGGAAGUCAGCAGAGAAGAUGAGAUACUGAGAGUGUCCCGUGUGACUGUGCAAGUACAGGUGGAGGAUGUGAAUGACAAUGCUCCAGAGUUUGUAGACCUCCCCUACUAUGCUGCAGUGCAGGUGGAAGCAGAGCCAGGAUCAGCCAUUUUCAAGGUCUCGGCCAUUGACCAGGACUACGGUGUGAAUGGAGAAGUGACUUACAGGCUUAAGACCCAGAACAGGAAUUUUGAGGUGAAUCCUCAGACAGGAGACUUGAUCCUAAAGAGAGGGUUUGAAGCAGACUUAUCUAACACAGAGUACAAGGUGAUUGUCGUAGCCACUGAUGGUGGCAUGCCCCGACUGUCCAGUGAAGUGGAGCUGCCCAUUACCGUUGUAAAUAAAGCCAUGCCAGUGUUUGACAAGCCCUUCUAUGGUGUCACUGUUAAAGAGGAUGUGGCUGUCUCCACCUCUGUUCUGUGCAUCAACGCCAGCAGUCCUGAAGGCCAGGACAUCAUCUUCACCAUCACGGAUGGAGACUCUUCUCUGCAAUUUGACAUUGGCUUUGACACAGGAAUCAUAAGAGUGAUUUACCCAUUAGACUACGAGACCACGCAGUAUUACCGCUUAACGGUGAAGGCCACAGAUACUCUGACAGGGGCAAAGUCUGAGGUUGAUGUGGACAUUGUCAUUCUGGAUGUGAAUGAUAACCCACCGCUGUUUCAGAACACCUCAUAUUCUGCAGUCCUGUCUGAAAACUCCAUGUCUGGAAUGUCUGUGUUACAGGUCUUUGCCCAAGACCAGGAUUCAGACAAGAACGCUGUGGUGACUUACCAGAUCCUAUCUGACAUCUACAACAGCACCGACUACUUCCAAAUUGACAGCAACAGCGGAUUAGUAUUCACGGCACGGAUGCUUGACUAUGAGCUCAUGCAGAGCUACAACUUCAUUGUCAGAGCGACAGACAGUGGAGACCCUGCCCUCAGCAGUGAUGUUAGUGUCACUGUGACUGUAACUGACACAAACGACAACCCACCUAAUUUCAGCCAACUACUCUAUAAGGCCUUUGUCAGCGAGCUGGCUCCCAGGGGACAUUUUGUGACUUGCAUCCAGGCAUCAGACGCUGACAUCUGUGAUGCUCAAAGGCUUAGAUACAGUAUUCUUUCAGGGAAUGAGAAAACAACUUUCAUGAUGGAGCCAGAUACAGGGGUGCUUCGUCUGUCUAACAAGAGGAGACAAGGCAUGAAACUCUCCUAUCAGCUCAAUGUGUCUGUGUCAGAUGGAGUCUUCACCAACAUUGCACAGGUGAUUGUUCACGUCCUUGGAGCCAAUCUGUACAGCCCAGUAUUCAGCCAGAGGUUCUACCUGGCUGAGGUCCAAGAAAACUCUCCUUCAGGAUCAAAAGUCAUACAAGUUCGUGCAACAGAUGAAGACUCAGGGCUGAAUGGGCAAAUCACCUACUCCUUCAUCAAUGAUCUGGGGAAAACUCAGUUCACCAUUGAUGCAGAUGGGGUCAUAUCUACUGUUCAGCAAUUAGACAGAGAAAAUCCUCUAAACAAGGACAUGGUGCUGACUGUUAUGGCCCUGGAUGGUGGAGGUCGUGCAUCAUUUUGCACUGUGAGAGUUGUCCUGGCAGAUGAAAAUGACAACGCCCCGCGGUUCAGAGCAGUGGAGUACCGCAUGAGCAUUAAAGCUAACGUUGCCAAAGGUUCUCUGGUCACACAGAUUCAGGCCACUGACCCAGAUGCUGGCUCUAAUGGACGGAUAACCUACUCUCUGUACAGUGAGGCCCGGCUGUCACUAGUUGAUGUUCUGGAGGUGGAGUCAGACAGUGGUUGGAUGAUGACUAAAAGUGCAGUGGACCACCUUCAGGGAACUGUGCUGUCCUUCUUUGUGAAGGCCACAGACUGCGGUUCUCCACCCAAGCACUCCUUGGUGUCUGCCUUCAUCCACGUUGUCCCCCCAGAUGCAUUUGUUCCUUCAUUCAGCCAGCCUCAGUACUCCUUCACCAUUCCUGAGGACACAGCAGUAGGAACAGCACUGGGGUCUGUGUACAUGGGCCCUGAGCAGAUGGGACGCUUUGCUGUCAUUGCUGGAGAGACGCUCGACAGCAACCAGGGAGAGACCUUUCAGGUGGAGGAAGAGACGGGUCUCAUCCGUCUGCUCAAGCCGCUGGACUAUGAAGAGGUCAACACCUACCGCUUUAAGGUGGCCGCAACAACAAGAAGAGACCUGAUUGAAUCUGUGUCCACUGUAGACCUGGAGGUUAAGGUUCUAGAUAUAAAUGACAACAAGCCGUCAUUUGAGACUAACUCCUAUAUAGCCACAGUGAUGGAGGGGAUGCCAGCAGGGACAAGAGUGAUCCAAGUCCGUGCACUCGAUCCAGACUGGGGCUCUAAUGGCCAGGUAACCUACAGCCUCGGGCCCCUGCUCACCUACAAUCUAGACUUGAGAAAGGACUUGCAGCCCCUCACUGGUUCCCUGUCUGCAACUUCUGUCUUUUCCAUUGACAGUAAAACUGGCUGGAUCACCACAGUGGGUCAGAUUGACUAUGAGUCCUGCUCCAGCUACAGCUUUGAAGUAGUGGCUUCUGAUCUGGCAGAACUGCUGGCUCUGUCCUCCACCGCAGUGGUAACUAUCACUGUUUCAGACGUUAACGACAACCCACCACGGUUUGAGAGGGAGCUCUACAGAGGUGCAGUGAAGGAGAGCGAUCCCCUCGGUGAGGUGGUGGCUGUGCUGAGAACCAAAGAUCGAGAUGGUGCCGAUCAAAACCGCCUUGUUAGCUUCCACAUCACAGGUGGAAAUCAGCGAGGUGUGUUUGGCCUGGCCCUUGUGCAGGGGGAAUGGAAGGUGUAUGUCAGCGGACUGCUGGAUCGUGAGCAGCAAGACUGGUAUCUACUGAAUAUAACAGCCACUGAUGGCCUAUAUGUUGCUCACACUGCAGUGGAGGUUACUGUGAUGGACGCCAAUGACAACAGUCCUAUCUGCAACCAGGCGGUCUAUAGCACUUCUUUUCCUGAGGACAUUCCCAUUAACAAGGCCAUUCUGACUGUGGGUGCAACAGAUGCUGACUCAGGCACCAGUGCUGAGAUCCAAUAUUCACUAUUUGGCAUUGGGGUGGAAGAUUUCUACAUGGAUGCUAACACUGGUGAGUUGCGAACUGCUACCAAGAUGGACAGAGAAACAACACCCGCUUACAAACUCAUUGCACAGGCAACCGAUGGGGGAGGACUGUUCUGCCGAUCUCACAUUUCUCUCAAAGUGUUGGAUGUGAAUGACAAUGCCCCAUCAUUCUCAUCCACUCAUUUCAUGGCUAAUGUGUUUGAGAAUGCUGCCCCCAAAGCCUUGCUUACCCGACUACAAGCCAGCGAUCCUGAUGAAGGUUUGAACCGCACAGUGGUCUAUUCUCUGGUGGAUUCAUUCAAUGGGUUCUUCUCCAUUGACCCAGUAAGUGGAAUAGUAAUUCUGGAGAAACCACUGGACAGGGAGAGCCAAGACACCUUUCGUGUUCGAGUCCAGGCUACUGACCGACUAGGGCAACAGGGAGCGCUGUCCUUACAGGUUGAUUUGACCAUUCUGGUGCUGGAUGUGAAUGACAAUGCUCCAGUUUUCCAGAGGAAGGACUAUGCCAUUACUGUGCCUGAGGACGUAGCUGUGGGAACCGAGGUGCUGCGUGUAUUGGCGACCAGCGCUGACAUCGGGGCCAAUGCUGAGAUCACAUACAACAUCCGCUCAGGCAACGAGUUAGGAAAGUUCACCAUAGACAGAAAACUAGGCUCUAUUUUAGUGGCUGAUGACUUGGACUUUGAGGUGUGUAAGGACUACUACAUCACAGUUGAGGCCUGGGACAGCGGGAAUCCUCCUCUUAGCACUGCUACCAUGGUAAUAAUUGAACUCAUGGAUGUCAACGACAAUGCUCCAGCCUUCGAACAAGAUUUCUAUAAUGUGCUGAUCGGCGAGGAUGCAUCCAUCGGGCAGACAGUCACAAGGGUAUUUGCAGAAGAUCUGGACAGUCAGGUGAAUGGCCGGAUCACCUACUCCAUUCUGAAAGGUGAUCGAAGCAACCACUUCUGGAUCGACCCUGUUACAGGACUGCUUAAAGUCAACAAGAGGCUUGAUAGAGAACUAGUAUCCAGGUACACAUUAUCUGUGCAGGCGUUUGACAGUGGCUCGCCUGCCAUGUCCUCCACUGUCACGGUCAACAUUGACAUCUCCGAUGUUAACGACAACCCACCUGUUUUUACUCCUCCAAACUCCACAACCAUCAUACAGCUUAAUCAGGCUGCUGGCACCGCCCUGCUGAAGCUGUCGGUUAGCGAUAAAGACUCCCCAAGGAAUGGCUCUCCUUUUGUGUUUCGAAUUGUGUCAGGAAAUGAGGGAAAUUUCUUCACUUUAGACCAGACCGGAACUUUGAAGUCCAACCGUGUAUUUGGCUCUGAUGCCCCACGAGAAUUUCUUCUUGAAAUCCAGGCGAGUGACUCUGGUAAGCCAAGUCUUACCUCCACUUCCUGGGUAUUUCUGAGAGUCGUCGGGAACAGUCAGUACAAGCCCAACGUCUCCCCCCUGGAAAUCUUCAUUGUCAUGUUAUCAGAUACCUUCCCAGGUGGUUUGAUUAGUCGGAUCUAUGCAACUGACCGUGACCCCAGUGACGUUCUGUCAUUUACCCAGAAGCCUGAACCUAAGAGCAUGUUUAAGAUUAACAGACAAGAUGGCAGCAUUGUAGCUCUGCCAGGCCUGGAACCUGGGAGGUACCAGAUGAAUGCAACAGUGAGUGACGGACGUUUUGCUGUGAUAGCUGAUGUGUCAGUCCAGGUCGAACAGGUGACAGAAGUACUGCUGCGCAGCGCCCUCACCUUACGUUUCAGAUCCCUCUCCCCUGAUGAGUUACUUAGUCGCUAUCUGAACCAGAUCAAAUUGGCAUUACGGGAACUAGCCGGCUGGAAAUGGUCACCAGGGCAACAAGAUCCUUUUCACAUACUCAGUGUUCAGCCAGUGAUGGAGACGUCAGGCGUCGACUUAGUUCUAGCCAUGGAGAGGCCACACACAUCAGGCAGUGUACGGAUGGCGGGGUUCUAUUCCCAGCAGGAGUUGUCAGCAAAGCUGGAGGAGGCUGUUGCACGGGGGCAGAUUCGGGGUGUCUUAGCUGGGGCUAUGGUGGUGGGCAACUCUUGUUCUGGGAAGCUGGACUGUGGGGAGCGGGUGUGCGAAAACACACUGGUGAUGGAGGGUGGCUCAUCUGUUACCUACAGCACAGAGAGGGUUGGCUUGGUGAUACCAAGAUUCAGUCGUACAGAGACAUGCACCUGCCCUGAAGGCGCAUGUCCCACCCCUGUUGAGCUUUGUGAAGGUCAGUCCUGUCCAGCAGAUAUGCAGUGUGUGCGUUCUGGUCCUACAGCGCCAUCUGUCUGCCAAUGUCAGCCUGAGAGACUAGACAAGUGUGCAGGACAAACCUCCCUGAGUUUCUCUGGAAACAGUUAUAUUAAGUACAGAGUGACAGAGAGUGGCCAGAGUGGAGAGAUGAAGCUUGCUUUGAGGAUCAGAACUCUUCAGAGAAGAGGAGUCAUUAUGUUCACACGUGUUAACCCCUGUACCAUGCUUAAGAUUGAAGGGGGUCGACUGUGGUUUCAGUUGGACUGUGACAACACCCUGGGCAUUAUGGGUAUCUCUGACAGGCCAAUAAAUGACGGCCUUUGGCAUUCAGUUGCUUUGGAGCUGACCAGAAACUACACCCUCCUGUCACUAGAUGACAGCUAUGUGGAACGACGCAGAGCAGCCAGAGCUCCUGUUCGUCUUUGGCCUUUGGCUCCAGAUUCAUCCUUUUUCUUUGGUGCCCAGGUGAGACCACUGAAUGGGCAAGGCGAAAGGCCCAGCCCUGGACCAGGGGAAAGCAAGGGAGGGUCAGGACUCGAAGACCGUGGCAUGAGGGGCCCCCCGAGAGCUCAGGAUGGCUUCCAAGGCUGCCUGGGCUCACUGAUGCUGAACGAUCCAUGUGUCAGCCAGCCCUGCUUCAACGGAGCCAUGUGCAGCAGCCUGCCCUUUGGAGCCUUCACAUGCAGUUGCAAUACUGGAUUCACUGGGGGGCGCUGUGAAAUUGAAUUGACAUCCUGCACGCCAAACCCAUGCCAGAAUGAUGGGAACUGUAAGCCUGUGGGCAGUGCAUUCCUCUGUGGCUGUCCUAGAGGACUCAGGGGACUUAUAUGUGAUGAGGAUGUAAAUGAGUGUGACCAAGACGACUGUGGAAACAGAGGAGAGUGCAUCAACACAUUUGGGUCGUUUUAUUGUAACUGUUCAGAGGGAUUCGAGGGUCAGUUUUGUGAUGAUCAGACCCUUGGUGAUGACACACAGGCUGAGCUGCUGUCUUACAUCGGACCAGGAGAGAUAAUAGGCAUUGGAGUCCUUGCCUUUGUCAUCAUUUUCCUCCUCAUCCUCUUCAUCGCCUUUAGGAAAAAAAUCAAAUUCAGGAAAGAGUCAGAUCCAGACCCAGGGGCUCAGGCUGUGAUGGGCAUCUCGGCCGUUUCUGCAGAAGCUAAUUACAUGCUGCACAAGACAGGCAUGGGGGCAGAGGGGAUUGAGUUUAAAGCUGUGCGUCUAUCAGGAUCACCAGGGGCCACCGGUGUCUAUGGCGAAACAGGAGGAAGCACUGGGGGCCCUCCCCAGGUUAUGGUGCGUCCAACUGCACACGCCACCCUCCCAGGAGCACUCGGACACCAGGCCAUGAGGAGUGGAGAUGGUGACAAGAUCACUUCCAGUGAAGGCAGUCAGACGAACAGCUUCCUCUCAGACAUGUCUAAUGUCCGCGGUGUGGCCAACAGGAGGGGCAUUGCAGUAUGCAGUGUGGCACCAAAUCUACCCUCGGCAUCCGCCCGCCGCUCAGAGCACAGUCCAGCCCAUAAAGUGUCCUGGGAGGGUGAAGAAAUGAGGGAAAAAAGGCUGGAGAGGCUUAGAGAUGAGAGGGAGGAGGAGUGGGGGCAGAGAGCUUUUGAGCUGGAGAGAACCCACAGGGAUAAGAGUCCACAGGAUGUGUCAGAGCUGGCAGAAGAAGUUGCAUGUCUCUCAGACUCCACCUCUGAAGAGCGCUCCCUCAGUUCCUACACCUCUGAGUCCUUCGAUGACAAUGCCUCCAUAGUGACUGUCAUACGUCUAGUCAAUGAUGCUGUUGAUGAUAUUGAAAGCGAAGUGUCAAACAUGGACAAAGAACAGCAAUGGAACAACCCCGCGUACCACUGGGAGACCUCCUGUCAGACCUCAAGCUGGCUGUCACCAUCACGUUUUCAUCCACCAGAGGUAGGAUCCCAUUACGACCUCAGUGACGCUCAGCAGAACAUCAGACGAGGAGGCAGCACUCGCUCUCUCCAGCUGGACUACAGAAUGAUGGGCUACAGCAGUGACAGAGGAAAUGAGGACAGGAGGAGAACCUUCCAAUGGGAGAGGAAUCCUUCUGGUGAGUGGGAGAGAAAACACGCUGUGCACAGGGAAGAAAUGAGAAGACAUGAGGGGAAAGAAAAGAACACACACAUGAGGAGCAGAGACAUGGGGUUGCACCAGGAACACAGAGAUCAUCUGCAGCUGCGUGGUUGUGACAGCAGUGAAGAUAACUCCUCUCCUGUUUAUGAAGAAUAUAGAGAGGCCAGCCAUAAUCCAGAGCAAAAUGAAGACACUGAGAGUCUUUAUGACACUCUUCCCCCAACUCGGCGAGCCUAUGAAGGAUAUCCAUCAAGCCCCCCAGGUCUCAACUUGCACCCGGCUCAGCUCAUGCCUCCUCUGAGGGCCUGGGACUUACAGGCAGAGGAAUGGAGGGGAUCGCAGGAGGGUCACAGGGGACUUGGCAUCAGUAAUCUGGCAGGUUCUGGGGACGAGCUAGAAAGACUAUUGAACCUGGUGUCACUCAGAGCCAGGAGAGCCACAAGGAUGAACAGAGCCUCUACUGGAUCUGAGCCUGCAGCAGGCUGGGAUGGAUGUAAAUAGC